AUGGCGGCAGAGCUGGAGUCGCUGGAGCUGUGCCUGGAGCGGCACAUCCCGCCCGGGGAACUCGCCGAGGUGAAGCGGAUCCUUUAUGGGGGCGAGCCCAGAAAACUUGAUUUGCCAACUGCUGCGCUGUCAGCAGCUCAGGAAAAAGAUUUUGAACUACAGGGCUAUGGAUUUGAAGCUGCUCUGGAGCAAUUGAGAAGGCCACGAAUUGUUCGAGUGGGACUGAUACAGAAUAAACUUCCUCUUCCCACAGACACAGCAGUGGCAGUCCAGGUGGCUGCGCUGCACAGACGCAUCGAGGAGAUGGUGGGAGUGGCUGCCAUGUGUGGGGUCAACAUCGUGUGCUUCCAGGAGGCGUGGACCAUGCCCUUUGCUUUUUGUACAAGAGAGAAACUUCCUUGGACUGAAUUUGCUGAGUCAGCAGAGGAUGGGCCAACAACCAAGUUCUGUCAAGAGCUUGCAAAGAAGUACAACAUGGUUGUGGUGUCUCCAAUCCUGGAGCGAGAUGAACUGCACGGUGGAGUUCUCUGGAAUACUGCAGUGGUCAUUUCUAAUUCUGGAGCACUUCUUGGCAAAAGCAGGAAAAAUCACAUUCCAAGGGUUGGAGAUUUCAAUGAGUCCACUUACUAUAUGGAAGGAAAUACAGGACACGCAGUGUUUCAGACGCAGUUUGGGACAAUUGCUGUGAACAUCUGCUAUGGGCGCCACCACCCUCUGAACUGGCUCAUGUACAGCAUGAAUGGAGCAGAGAUCAUCUUUAACCCUUCAGCCACUAUAGGGUCACUCAGCGAGGCGCUGUGGCCGAUCGAAGCCAGGAACGCUGCCAUAGCCAACCACUGCUUCACGUGCCCCAUCAACAGAGUUGGAACGGAAUACUACAAGAAUGCCUUUACUUCUGGAGAUGGUGGAAAAGCCCACCACGAGCUGGGCCAUUUCUAUGGCUCGAGUUACGUGGCUGCGCCGGACGGCAGCAGGACCCCGGGGCUGUCUCGCACUCAGGAUGGGCUGCUGGUGGUAGAGAUGGACUUGAACCUCUGCAGGCAAGUCAGUGACAAAUGGAACUUCAAGAUGACUGGUAGAUAUGAAAUGUAUGCAGAAAAGCUUGCUGAAGCAAUCCAGCCUUUCUUUAUUCCCAAUAUCAUCAAAGAGUAAGAGAGAGCAUCUCAUUACACUCAAAUGUUACAAGACAAAUUC